AUAGAAAGAGCAGUAUAUUCAGUAUAUAUAUAGUAUACAUCGUCACAUACACAACCAGACCACCACCAUUUUGGAGUUGUUUGGAUUUGGAAUCACCCCUCUCUCGCACUAUAUUGUUAUUAAAAUAGACGAGCAAUACUUACAACUUACACUCGUCAUUUUUAGGUUUAGAUAAGCAGUACGUUAUACUUAACUAAGUAAACAGGAUUUUUUUUUCUCGACAUGUUUGAACAAUCACCACGCGAUUUAGGCAUCAAGAUCUACACUUUUCUCUAUGUUUUUGUUUACGCAAACAUCUACCUUUACUUGGCUUUGAACGUCGUUGAAUUCAUUAUUAGAGCAGUCACCGAGAAAUUGACGGAUACAUUUAACGACAUCAUCUGUAGCCUGAACUUGACUAGCAUCUACGAGAAUCCAAAAUUGAAUUAGGUACUGCAACAAUAAUAAAUAGCAUUGCCACUAGAAUAGCAUUGCAAUAUUAUAUUUAUUUGCUGUGAUAACAAUGGUUGAAGAAACUAUAUACACUAACAACAAAUUUAAGAACAAAACUGCAAGGCCUCGUCCAGUUUACAUGUGGAAUGUACUAGAUGUACAAAAGUGGCUCAAAAGACAUUGCAGUGAUUAUUAUCAGUCGUACUAUGAAAAAUUCUUAUAUCACGACAUCACGGGUAAAGCUCUAUUGCGAUUAAAUGAAAAUAUCUUGAUGCGUUUGGGUAUAGAAGAUGAAGAACACAGAAUGGACAUUUGGAGGGAAAUAAUGAAACUUCAUUUGAAAACAAACAUGAUAGAAAUCAAGGAUAUACAACGACGUAAUAGUAUGAAUGAUAAUUAACUAUAUAUUAUUUUAUAUUCUUGCCUGCACGAGAGUCAAUUAUUUUUAUAAUGCUCAGGUAGAAUAUAACAUAGUAGAUUAGGUGUCUACGUAGCAUUUGUAGAGGAUGCCUUGAAUCGAAAUGUAGUCAAAGGCCUUCUCUACUUGCUCCCAUGAUGCAGUUUUACAUAUUACUGCAGACCAAAAGUGGAAAAUUAACAAAUGCCACGUUUGGCUUGUAGAUACAUGUAAAAAUAUUUAACAGAUAAUGCGAUGUAAUAAAAAAGAGGCUAAUUAACAUUUUAAUAAUCAUUAAAUAUAUGUACAAAACAGACUUUAUACAAUUAUGUUGAUAAUACUGCCAGAAAUGGGGAAAAAAUCAACUGAUUGAAAUACGCGUUGCUUGUGAAAAAAAAAAAAAAAAAAAAAAAAAAAAAAAAAAAAAAAAA